AUGGCAAUAAGAGAGGCUACUGGAGCUCUCGAGAUGGUGUAUCGCACGAGAAAGGAGAAUGGUUCACACACCGUUGACAACUUCGAUGGGAUUUUCAUGGGGCUCAUGCACAUGUACUCUCCUCCUACAGGAUUCCACUUCGAUCUGCUCGCUUCUGAUCCACCCGUACAAGAUGACCCCAUGGUUGAGGACGUCAACGUCAUGCACAGGUUGGACUCCUUGCGCCAUAUAUGUCUGAAGCAGGCUAAAUCUUACAACCCAGAGAAUGGAGAGCGUGGGAAAAGCCAGAAUAUCAUCUUAACGAUGGGUAUGGAUUUCAACUACCAACAGGCGAAGACUUGGUUUCAAAACAUGGACAAGCUCAUUCACUAUUCGAAGUUAGUAGCCGACCAGCAGUUGAGCGAUCCGAGAAAUAGCAGUCACAUUCUCAACGUUUUCUACAGUAAUCCGAAGAUCUACAUCAAGUCCCGCCAUGCGCAAUAUGAUGGUGGUGUCGGCCUCCCCAUUAAAAACAGCGAUGAGGACUUUUUCCCUUACGGAGAUGGGGAAGUGGAAGUUGUGGACGUGGCCAAGCGCACCGUUGACGCCGUCGACGGCGGUCACGCUUAUUGGACCGGGAUCACUUCCGGGACCAAAGGGCAAACAGCAGCCUGCCCACAAGAGCAACAGCUCAGUGGACAGCCCUCUGCGUCGUCCGCGACAAGUGUUGGCAACGAAAACUACAAGCUGUUUUAUGGAGGAGAUGAGGGCAGUGGGGGACCGUACCGCUUUACUCUGAAGAACUUGAAAGCUGGUUUAGAGGUUAGGUUCAACGUCAUCCUUGGAUACUAUAACAGUUCUACGGGUUCUGGGGAGAACAUUUACGGACGUCCAUACCAAGCUUCGGGGGCCUACAUCUUCCGACCCGAUUGCCCAGAGGCACCGGAUGUUAGAUCGAUUCGAUCCUGCCGACCGGAGAUGGCCAUCACUCCUACUAUACUCAUGGGUCAAGCGGACGAUGGGAGUACCCUGCGGGUGAAUAUUGCUCAACAAUCAUCGGAGGAGGGCUCUGCUCCAGCCCUCAUCGGGAACUUAUCUCUGAGCAUCCCGCCGAAGGAGUCUGCUGUGGUGAUAUCGUGGGAUGUGGCGAUCGACGAUGGCGACGGUGUUGGGAAAGAGGCCGUCCUUCUACUUGAUACCGACAUCAAUAAUCAUGAUGGAGACUUCCUCACGGACAGCAACGGCAGGGACUGGGUACCCCGCAGGGUCAACUACCGCAAGGAUUGGCAGCUGAAUGUUACCGACCCAGUGGCCAUGAACUAUUACCCGAUUAACUCAGGCCUGAGGAUUUCCGAUCAAGUCGGUAAAGGAAGUAACCUUCGGCAGCUCACUCUUGUGCCCGAUCGAGCUCAUGGUGGAGCCUCACUGCUACCAGGCCAACUCGAGAUAAUGAUCCAUAGGAGGAUGCUAUUUGACGAUGGCCGAGGCGUUGGAGAGGCUUUGGAUGAGGUAGACUGUGGAAAGUCAUUGUGCCUGCCUAAAUUGGUAACGGGUGAGACGCGCCUACUGCUGGAGCCCGUUAGAACGUCGACGACCGAAGAAGAGUCCCACGACAACUAUCGAGAGAUGGCUCACCAGGUCCGUUUGCCUCUUCUGCCUAUCUUCGCUCAUGAUGAUCCCAAGAACCCGCCUAAAGCCGAUGAGUGGUCUUCUCUUGGAGGGCUAACAGCUUGCAAGCCUUUGCCUCGAGAGAUCCAAAUUCUAACGCUGGAGCUGUUGCAUGCUAACAAUACUCCUAAGCUCUACUAUGAGAAGGCCUGUGCCCAUCACCGAUGUGCGUUGCUUCGCGUGGCCCAUACCUAUGCUCAGGAGGAGGGAGGAUCUCCCAUCCAACUUGAUCUAGCUGGGAAAGGAACUCUUUUGAAGGACUUUGAACUAGGUCCCGGCUUCGAGGUAACCCUCAACGCGGGAAGAGACAUCAAGACCGCUGAGGAGGAGCGGUUGAAAUGGUCCGUGCAUGGGGUUCAGAGUCGAAGGCCCGUUCAUGAUGAAGGAAGUCACCGAGUUGAUUGGGCAAGCGUGGAGCUUCAGCCUUUGCAGAUCCGGACCUUUAUCGUUACGUUGCUUUUGUGAAGCACACCAUUUUUCUACUCAGUUUGUUGGCAAUAGUAUAUCCAUCCUUCAGGAGGAGUUGAUUUUUCAAGAGCAG